AUGGAGGAGAGUCAUGAGAAUGAGGAGGUGGGGAUGGGAAUGGGAGGGUCGAGUGGGAUUCCAGCAAGUUCAAGAUGGAACCCUACAAAAGAGCAAAUAAGCAUGUUAGAGAAUCUCUAUAAGCAGGGAAUAAAGACACCAACUGCUGAGGAAAUUCAGCAGAUAACUACUAGGCUAAGAGCGUAUGGUCACAUCGAAGGAAAGAAUGUCUUCUAUUGGUUUCAGAAUCACAAAGCCAGGCAAAGACAGAAGCAGAAGCAAGAAACCAUCGCUUAUUUCAAUCGCUUUCUUCAUAGGCCACAGUACCCCAUUUUUUCUCCACCGAUUUGCCCUGAUGCACUCUGCGCCACAUACUGCAUACCUCAGGCACAGAGUGAAAUCGGUUAUUAUCCCCAACAUCCAAAGGUGCUUCUACCCAUAGGUUAUAGGAGGAGCCAAGCUGAGAAAGUUGUUGUGCCCACAACAAUGUCGAGUGUCUGUAAUGGCCCGAUGGUAUAUGAAGGCAUGCAACAAAGAAUCUCGGAUUCGAACUUCAGCUACAGUUAUCAAGAAACGUUGGAUCUCUUUCCUAUGCAUCCAACUGGCAUUUUGGAAACAAGAAAAACAGACCAGGUGUCUUCUCUGGCUUCAGUUUCUGCUGAUAGUUGUUCCAAUGAUACACCUUCUGGUUCUGAUAUCAAUGAAGAAGAUGGUGUUCCACGAAACCAACCCUUCUUUGAUUUUUUUACUUCCGGACAUGAAAGGUUCUCAAGAGAGUGA